AUGCAUAGUCAGAACCUGAAACUGCGUCGGCUUCUCAGCAAGAGGGCUAGCGUGUUGGAACUGAAACAUCUGCCGGUGCAAAAUGCAGUCGGUAUGAAGAGCGAAUCUGAGGCUGAGGCUGAAUAUGCAGUUCAUGAUGUUCAGAUGCCAGAAUACUUAACGCCCAAGACAUUGGAUGGGGAAACCUUCGAUUUCAAUGUUAUAAAGACAAAAGCGCAACCAGACUACGCCAACUUGGACACAUUUCAUCGUGCUGUCUGUCCGAUCAUGCUGUUGGCGCAAUGCUUUGCCGUAAUGCCAUUAAGGAACGUUCGGCAGGCCAAUCCGCGUCGGAUACGUUUCGCCGUCCGGUCUUUGCAAAUGCUGUGCACCCUUACAUUCCUGAUCGCCAGCUCCAUAUUGUCCCUAUCUACACUGAAGCAUUUGCUGAAAAUAGGCGUAAAUGCCAAGAAUUUUGUUGGCCUGAUUUUCUUUGGCUGCGUUCAAGUUGCCUGCGUUCUAUUCAUAGUCUUGGCCCAUCGUUGGCCCCGUCUGAUACGCUUUUGGACCCGUACAGAGUUGCCAUUUACUCAGAUACCCUACGAUAUUCCCAAACGCAAUUUGUCGCAACGCGUGCAACUCUCCGCUAUUAUAAUCAUCGCACUAUCGCUGGGAGAACACGCCUUCUACUUGAUCUCUGCGGUUUUAAGCUUUAAGCGUCGCAUUGAGAUCUGUUCGCCAAAGCAUAAUACCACCGCUGUCGUAUCCUUUGAGAAUUACAUAAAACAGAACUAUGAUUAUGUAUUUCAGAUAUUACCCUAUAGUCCGUUCAUAGGAGCCUACAUACUGUUGGUCAAUGUCACUUGCACUUUUAUUUGGAACUACAUGGAUCUAUUCAUCAUGAUGAUCAGCAAAGGGAUUGCCUAUCGUUUUGAACAGAUUACGGCGCGUAUUAGCAAGCUAGAGCUGGAGGAGAGUGUGCCUGAAUCCACUUUCCUGGAAAUUCGUGAGCAUUAUGUAAAUAUGUGCGAGUUGCUCGAGAACGUAGACGAUCAUUUAUCGGGCAUUAUAUUGCUAUCGUCCAUGAACAAUUUGUACUUUGUUUGCUUUCAGUUACUGAACAUAUUCAACCAAUUACGCUGGCCCAUCAACUACAUAUACUUCUGGUACUCCCUACUCUAUCUGGUUGGACGUACGGCGUUUGUUUUUCUCACUGCGGCAACGAUUAAUGAUGAGUCCAAGGGUGCGUUGGGGGUCCUUCGUCGCGUCUCAAGUCGUGCCUGGUGCGUCGAGAUUGAACGCUUAAUCUUUCAAAUGUCCACCCAAACGGUGGCAUUGUCGGGCAUGAAAUUCUAUUUCCUCACCCGCCGCCUACUCUUUGGCAUGGCAGGCACCAUUGUCACCUAUGAGCUUGUUCUUUUGCAAUUCGAUGAACCUAAUCGCGCCAAAGGACUAACGUCCUUUACGCUUCGUUUAAUUAGACAUACGGCAGUCAGCAUGUCCUGCAGAGCACUUAGUCUAAGCCGACAGUCCCAUUUCAACAUGCCACAGAGCGAAACGUUUCAUCGCGCUGUUUCCAAAGUGCUUUUCAUUUCCCAAAUCUUUGCAUUGUUUCCCGUAAGUAAUGUGGGAGCUCGUCAUGUGCAAGAUCUGCGCUAUCGCUGGCUUAGUGCCCGCACCUUCUACUCGGGCUUGAUAUUGGCUCUAAAUCUGUGUGAAUUCGGUACCGUGUUGAAUUAUGUAAACAACGUGGCUAUAACUUUUCAUAAUUCAAGCUUGCUAUCGCUUUUUGUUGUAUGCUUGUUGGAGCAUAUAUUUUUCUGGCGAUUGGCCAUCAGUUGGCCAAAAAUAAUGAGCAGCUGGCAGCGUGUUGAUGAGCUCUUUCUUAAGGUGCCUUAUCGAUACUACAACGAAUACAAAAUGAAGUGGCGCAUCAAUGUGGUGUUUAGCUUCGUCAUGAUCUCAGCUUUGGUGGAGCAUUUUUUGCUGCUAAUCAUUUCAUUCCAUUUGAGCGACUUGGAGCGAACGCAGUGCAAGAUUAAUGAGAGCUUCUUCGAGAGCAUCUACAAAUGGGAAAGACCACAUUUAUUUAUGAUUCUGCCCUAUCAUGCCUGGCUGCUGCCUCUCUUUGAGUGGCUCAACUUGACCAUUGCCUAUCCACGAUCCUUCACGGACUGCUUCAUCAUGUUUGUGGGCAUCGGCCUGGCUAAGCGGUUCCACCAGCUUCAUAGCCGCAUUGCUGCCGUUCACUUGAAAGCCAUGCCUGCUAUAUUUUGGACCGAGGUUCGUCAACAUUAUUUGGAGCUUAAGCGUCUGGUGCGGCUUGUGAAUGCAGCCAUUGCUCCCCUGGUGCUGCUCGCAUUUGGAAACAACAUGUUCUUUAUAUGCUUUCAGCUCUUCAACAGUUUUUCAAACAUUGGUGUUGACUUUAUUGUGGUGCUGGCCUUCUGGUAUUCGUUGACUUUUGCUGUUUUGCGUACCAUGCUUACUAUUUUCAUUGCCUCGUCCAUUAAUGUUUUUGAAAAGAAAAUAAGUACAGCAUUGCGGGAUGUGCCGUCCAGAUCAUGGUCUAUUGAGGUUCAACGCUUUAGCGAGCAACUGGGCAACGACAUGACGGCUUUAUCGGGCGAAGGCUUUUUCUUUAUUAGGCGUCAGCUUUUUUUGGCCAUGGCCACAACCAUAAUAACUUACGAACUUAUGAUAUCCGAUGUAAUUAAUAAGGGCGCCAUCCGACAAAGGACAAGUUAUUGUAAGGAUAACUAA